GCUGUCGUGAGUACUUGAGAUUAUGCCCGAAAUCCCGGUGAUGCAGCGGCACGGCCGAACAAUCAGCCCUAUAUAAACCCACUCACUCUGGACCAAAACCCUACCAGCAUAACACCAGAAACAAGAAAUCAUUUCUUCUUACCAUUAUCUAAACAAUCUGCCAAAAUGACCACCGCCACCCCCUUAAGCAUAGCCCGCAUCGACGUCUUCCAAAAGACCCUCCCCUACUCAGGCGGCACCUACACCCUCUCCAACAACCGCACCUACACCUCCUUCGACGCAACCCUCGUACGCAUAACAGCCAACACCGGCAUCGAAGGUUGGGGCGAAAGCACCCCCUUCGGCUCCACCUACAUCGCAGCACAUGCACUCGGGGUCCGCGCCGCCAUCGCCGAAAUCGCACCCAAACUCAUCGGCCUGGACCCCCGGCGCGUGGACCGCAUCAACGACGCAAUGGACGAAGCACUACUAGGCCAUGAAUCCGCCAAGGCUGCGAUUGAUAUCGCAUGCUGGGACGUCUUCGGGAAGGCCGUUGGGAUGCCUGUUUGUGAGUUACUAGGUGGGCGCACGGAUGCCAGUCUCCCCAUCAUCUCAUCCAUCUAUGUUGGGCAGCCCGAGGAGAUGCGUCAACGAGUCGCCGAGCAUAGGGAGAGAGGGUAUGUAGGCCACUCGCUCAAGAUUGACGGGGAGCCGUCGGUAGAUGCGCAGCGCAUCACGGCUUGUCUAAAGGAUAAACAGCCUGGGGAGUUCUUCCUGGUCGACGGGAACUGCGGACUUACCGUUGAGACUGUAUUGCGGAUGUUGAGACUCCUCCCGAGUGAUGCGGGACUAGACUUUGUGCUUGAAGCGCCGUGUGCGACGUGGCGGGAGUGCUUGUCUCUACGGCGCCGAACAAACAUACCGAUAUAUUUCGACGAGCUUGCGAACUCGGAUGUCUCGGUUGUGCAGAUGAUCGCCGACGAUGCGGUGGAGGGGAUUGGGAUGAAGAUUACCAAGAAUGGAGGGCUGACGCGGUGUUGCCGGCAGAGGGAUAUUUGUCUUGCGGCGGGUUAUACAAUGACGGUGCAGGAUACUGUGGGAUCUGAUAUCUCGUUUGCGGCGAUUGUGCAUAUGGCGCAGACCGUGCCGGAGAGGAAUCUGAGGUGUGUUCUGGAAGAUCGUGAUAUGGUCACUGUGAAAACGGCGGAUGGGCCGUUUGAGGUUGUUGGGGGCAGAGUGACGGCGCCGGCUUUGCCUGGCUUGGGGAUUACGGUGCGCAUGGAUGUUGUUGGGGAGCCGGUUGCUAGUUAUUAAUUAUAUCAAUAGAUCAGUACUAGUACCAUCUACGAAAGAAGGAAUAAGUUAAUU